UCCGAAAGUGUCCAAAGUGGGAUGGCGGCUCAGUUCGGCGCUUCUCCCGAAUACGAUAACCAAUAAAUUCCCCUGCUACUGUGGUAGAGUCAACAGCGACAUUUGUGAGUACAGAUUUACUAAACAAGUCUGCCUCAACUGGCGCAGUACGCACGUGCGAGUAACUGUGGAGUGGUUUAGGUAUUUACUCAGUCAAAAGAGAGGUGCUAAGGCGGCAGAGCGGAUGACGGAAAAAGAAGAUUCCACCCGCUUGCUAAACAGACCAUCUUGACAUCUCACUCCCGAGUUCGAACUCAACCAAUAUUUGUCCUUUCUGUUUCGCGAUUUGUCAUGGAAAAUCGACCAAGAAUGUCUCGUUUCUGGACUUGCUCUAUUUCCACGUGUUCGAAUGCUGCAGCCAUUGACAUUGGUGGUUGCGAGCAUUGCACAAAAAAUUACUGCACUGAGCAUGCAGCGCAUCAUGGCUGUUCAGAAGCGCCUCUUGAUGAUGCUGCCUGGAAAGGCGCUCAAGUUAGGGAAUUGCAAUCCCUACGCGCUAAAAUAAAUGACGAGGCACUUAUGAAGCGAGCCUCAGGCCUCAAUCAGGGAAUGCCUUGCAGACUGGAUGAGACCGACUUCCUUGGAGAGAGCCGCAUGGGGGGUAUGCACAUCCACCUGCGCCUCAUCUUCGCGGACCAUUCUGCAUGGCUGGUGCGCGUUCUCCGCCAGAACUACACCUCGUUUGAUGACGGGCUUAGCAAUGAUAUCUUUCUGAGCGAAUGCGCGACACUCAAGUGGCUUGAAACCAUCGAUUAUCCGGCACCAAGACUCUACGAUUAUGGUUUGCGAAACGACCCUUCAAACAGUGUUGGCGUUGCUUUCAUGUUGAUCAGUGAAAUUCCCGGGAAUCCUUUGAACCAACUGGAUACUAGCGAGGCCCAACUGUCCAAGGUAUAUUCUCAGUUAGCCGAUCUUCAUAUACGCUUAAGUAAACAUUCCUUUGACCGGAUCGGAUCCCUCACCCUGGAUGCCAAUGGAAACAUUAGCAUUGGUCCUAUCACAGGCGAUCGGACAGGAACUUUAUCAUAUCUUGGACCAUUCGCCAAUGGAAGAGAGUACUACAGUGCAUGGUCUCGAGAGUAUAUGAGAUUGAUUGUUGACGGACAGAUGUUCAGUCAGUACCCAGUAAACGCCUAUCUCAUAUUCAAACACCUUGAGCAACUGGCACUAGAUGGGAAAUGCAAUCAAUUCGAAGCGGAACUGGACGAUGGUCCAUUCUAUUUGAAACACACAGACGACAAAGGGGAUCAUAUUUUUGUGGACGACGAUUACAAUAUCACUGGCAUUAUUGAUUGGAGUUUCGCCCGGACUGUUCCGAUGUAUGAAGCUUUUGGGCCUUCAUUAGUGACUGCUCGCAUGGGCGACAUCUUCCGAGGAACCACAGGUCUUAGUGAACAGGAUGGCUAUCUUUCAGAAGCUUUGAAAGCUAAGCGUAGUAGACUAGCUCGUUUCGCUCAAUCGUCGGAUACAGCUCGUCGCUUCAUAUUUGGACUGGGAAUGGGGAUGAGCAUGUCUGGGGUUGAAGCGCUGGGGCUGUUCAAUGGAAUUCUAGCCGCUUUGGGAGAAGAACCCAUCGCCGACUGGCAAAAAUGGCGUGAAAAUGCCAUCUCACGAUGCGCCAACGAUGACAAAGCGGCUUCAACAAUACGAAGUUUGAUUCAGAAGGAACUUUAA